AUGACUCGCAUCUCUUCUGUCCUUCUGGUCGCCACGACCCUCGCCUUUAUGGGCGUUGCCUCGCCUGGUGCUUCGGCUGCCAGCCUUCCGGUCCGCGAUGUUGCGGCGCAGGAGUCCCCCCUUGGCCUUCCCGUUCUUGCCCGUGAUGUCGAGCAGGGUGGCGGCGGCUACCACCACUGCGACGACGGCUGGUACUGGGACGAUGACUACCACUACUGCCGCAGGCGCGGCCGCAACAGCGAGGAGAAGCGCGAUGUCGCUCAGGAUGGAGGCGACGACUCCCUCAAGCGAGACGUCGAGCAGGGUGGCGGCGGCUACCACCACUGCGACGACGGCUGGUACUGGGACGAUAACUACCACUACUGCCGCAGGCGCGGCCGCAACAGCGAGGAGAAGCGCGAUGUCGCUCAGGAUGGAGGCGACGACUCCCUCAAGCGCGACGUCGAGCAGGGAGGUCGACGUCGCUGCAGUGACGGCUACGACUGGGACGACUACUACCACUCCUGCCGCAGGCGCGGCCGUGGUCGUGGCCGUGGUCGCGGUCGCGAAUCCAAGCGCGAUGUCGAGGAAGGCGACGAGGAGGUGAAGCGCGAUGUCGCCGAGGUCGAAGCCACCGACGCUGUCGAGGACUACAGCAAGCGCGACACUCAGCAGUAUGGCCCCGAAUGGCCUUGGGGUGGCGGAGGUGGAUGGUGCGGUUGGGGCUGGUACUGGGACCCCUACUUCCGCCGAUGCCGCCCGCGCUGGUGGAACGGCGGCAACCGAGGCUUCAAGCGCGAUCUCGACAACGUCGACCACCGAGGUCACGGCGGCGGCUCGGAUGGCUGGGAUGGACGCGGUCGUGGCUGGGACGGCGGACGUGGUCGUGGCUGGAACGACGGCUGGGGUAACGGUUGGGGUAACGGUUGGGGCAACGGCUGGGGUGAUGGUUGGGGUGAUGGCUGGGGCAACCGAGGCCACGGCCGUGGUCGAGGUGGAUACAACCACCGCUGGAACGUCGACGAGUCUUCGAUCGGUGAAGGCAAGGGCCUCGCUGAUGCCAAGGCUGAGUAG